CGCCGGGGUUGGUGGCCGCGGCGGCUGCGGGCCGACGCGCGGGCCGGGCCCACUGAGGCGGCAAGCGGGCUGCGGGAUCGCGGCGGCAGCGAGAGGCCGGCGGGGGCGCGCGGCGCCCCUAACUUCCAGCCGGCGAGCGCGCCGGCACCCGCCCGCCGGGCCGGCCGGCCGCGAUGUCCGGCGCUGAGGAGGCCGGCGGGGCGCCCGACCGCGGGCCCGCGGGUGCAGUGCCGGCCGGGGUCGGGGUGGGGGCUGGGCCUGGGGCGGCCGCGGGCCCAGCGGCGGCGCUGGGUGAGGCGGCGGGACCCGGGCUCCCGGACGAGGCGGGCCUGGCCGGCGCCCGGCAGCUGCAGGAGGCGGCCGGCGACCCUGAUGCGCCGCCCAAGAAGCGGCUGCGGGCGGCCGAGGCGGCCGAGGCGGCGGCAGCGGCAGCGGCAGCGGGCAGCGGGAAGCUGGAGGAGCGGCUCUACUCGGUGCUGUGCUGCACCGUGUGCCUGGACCUGCCCAAGGCCUCCGUGUACCAGUGUACUAACGGUCACUUGAUGUGCGCUGGCUGUUUUAUCCACCUACUAGCAGAUGCCCGGCUGAAGGAGGAGCAGGCCACAUGCCCCAACUGUCGUUGUGAGAUCAGUAAGAGCCUCUGCUGCCGGAACCUGGCUGUGGAGAAAGCUGUGAGCGAGCUGCCCUCAGAGUGUGGCUUCUGCCUGCGCCAGUUCCCCCGUUCCCUCCUAGAGAGGCACCAGAAGGAGGAAUGCCAAGACAGGGUGACCCAGUGCAAGUACAAGCGCAUUGGCUGCCCGUGGCAUGGCCCCUUCCAUGAGCUGACAGUGCAUGAAGCUGCAUGUGCCCACCCAACUAAGACGGGCAACGAGCUGAUGGAGAUCCUGGAUGAGAUGGACCAGAGCCACCGCAAGGAGAUGCAGCUCUACAACAGUAUCUUCAGCCUGCUCAGCUUUGAGAAGAUCGGCUACACAGAGGUUCAGUUCCGGCCUUACCGCACAGAUGACUUCAUCACGCGCCUAUACUAUGAGACACCGAGGUUCACGGUGCUGAACCAGACAUGGGUCCUGAAGGCUCGUGUGAAUGACUCGGAGCGCAACCCCAACCUGUCAUGCAAGCGCACACUUUCCUUCCAGCUGCUCCUCAAGAGCAAGGUCACAGCACCCCUGGAGUGCUCCUUCCUGCUGCUCAAGGGCCCCUAUGACGAUGUGAGGAUCAGUCCCGUCAUCUAUCACUUUGUCUUCACCAAUGAGAGCAACGAGACAGACUAUGUGCCACUGCCCAUCAUCGAUUCUGUGGAAUGCAACAAGUUGCUGGCUGCCAAGAACAUCAACCUACGGCUUUUCCUAUUCCAGAUACAGAAGUAGGCUGGGCCCAGGAUGCCCGAGGAGCAGAGUGCUGCUGCCUGGCACCUCUGUCCCAUCCACCCCUGGCUUGGCAGCAGCUUCACACGACUAUCUGAUCAUUUUAGCAAAGGAGGAGAACAAACAAAACCAAACACUGGGAAAGUCUGCAUGCGUGUAUGACGGGGUCCCCACCUCCGGCACACCCCCUUCACCCCCGCCUCCCCCCUUCUGCAGGCAGUCAGAGGCUGGGCUGACCACAGAGGAAACAGUACUGUGGGCUCCCCAGGCUCAGGGAUGGGUGGCAAGGAGGGCAAGAAGCUAGCCACCCCUGCCCCAGCUCCCAUCCUCAUAGCAAGGUAGCGCUGCCUGCUCUGGUUCCCGGGCCGGGCUCAGGGGCCCUCGCUAACUUCAGACGGCAUAUUUGAUUGCAAUUAAAAAGGCAGCCUUGUUUCCUA